UCAGUAUAGAAUUUAUAUUUUAUAUUUUGUUGGGGAUUGGGUUGCGACAUCAUCUUUCUUCUUUUUUUUUUUGGUCGAGGUUGCGACAUCAUCAUUAAAGUUAAAUUCGAUUGUUUAUGGAAUUAAAAUAGGAUAGAUUCUUCCACCCACUGUCAGGAGAAAGAUCAAGGUGUGACUUUAAAAUUCCGCGCAUUCAUAGCUUUUAUCACCGCAAAAUCCAAGAGCUCAAAUCAAUUUGCAAAUUCGAAAUCCCCCAUAUUUAGUAUCCGAUUUUCGAAGCAUAUAUUUAUUCAAACAUCCAAUCCAAAAUUCUACUCAGUUUCCGAUUCCUCGGCGUCCCUGUCUUUGUCCACCCACCAAGAUCAAUCUCCAUCUCUCUCUCCUUCCAGUUUUGUCCCACCUAUCUCAGGUGAAGAAUAUAACCCUAAGUUAUAUCAGAGCCACAAAGGCGUCCAACAUUGUUAGAUAAAAGAGGGAGGGUACUGGUCCGCGGAGGCAGUGGGACUUCUGCGAGCUUUGUGUCCUCUCUCGUACUUGUCAAAGUACAAUAAUUGCUCCUGGAGAUCUUUUGCUUAAUGCACAAGUGGAGCUUGAUUGGUUUCGGCUGAUGAGAGUGGGGAACUGUUGUGGAGGUUUAUUUUUAAGCUGACGUAAUGGGUUCCGUUUGUUGUUGUUUGAAUGCUGAGGAUUUUGAAGACUAUGUGAAUCCAAACAGUUCUGCAUAUAGGAACUGUAUCUGUCUUAGUUGCUUUAUUGAGAACUUUCUAAAUGUGUAUACAUCAUUAUUCAGAAGAGGAGAAGUGCAUUCAAUCCCUUCAUCCAUUCAGGGGGCUGCAUCGAUGACGUCCUCAGCAUCACUAGACAACUCUAUAUCUGACAUGUAUCGUUCUCCUCCAAGGCCCUUGCCUUAUGAUGCUGACCCCAGAUACAUACGCUUGCAACGGGAUGGGUUGAUUUCUAGGCGCGAGAAAGGCUCAAGUCAUUCUCAUGAGGAGGCCGAACCUCUAAGAAGUGAUACUGAUGCAGAUUCUGAAUGUUUGAGUACAGGAGAAAAAUGGAAUGGGUCUGCUUGUGAAGAUGGAGUAAAAGAACAUCGUUCCAAGUCCUCAAUGAAGUUCUCAUCAGCAAAAGCUACAACCGUAGUUGGGAACUUUUAUAUAUCAUCAGAAGACGAGGAUGUCUGUCCAACAUGUCUUGAAGAAUAUACUCCAGAAAACCCCAAAAUAAUGACAAAAUGCUCUCAUCAUUUUCACCUUGGUUGUAUAUAUGAGUGGAUGGAGAGAAGUGAAAGCUGCCCUGUUUGUGGCAAGGUGAUGGUAUUCGAUGAAACGACUUAAUCACGAUUGAAAGGUUUGUGUCGUUGAUGAAGCCAACAACAGCUGAAGGGAUAGCAUACUAAAGAAGUGAUGCCAUUGUGAAUACCACAUGUCAAAAAGUGUCAUUGAUCAUAGUACAUAUAAACUUCAUUUCUGAUGACCGUUGUUGUAAGUUCAUUUUAUUCCAUAUAAUUUUUCUAUGAAAAGAAAUUUAUGUGGUAGUUCUUGCCUUGCUAUGUUCUCUGAACAGUAAUUGCCUUUUGUGAUGUAGAAAAGUGAUUUAUAGUUAAUUUUUCACUUCCCUCAGAACC